AUGGCCGACUGGAAGCCGCCACCCUUUGGCACGCCGACAUGGCUCGCCAUUCCCGCCACUGAUGUCUCGCGAGCGUCCGAGUUCUACAAGAAAGUCUUCAACCUCCCAUACAAAGACCAGCCCGCCAGCAUGUCCCCCGACCACAUCCGCCUCUUCGACCUGACCAAGAACGGGCUGAACAUCAGCGGGGGCAUCCUCAAGGCGCCCGACGAGUCGGGCGCGUUCCGCGGCGGCAAGGGCGGCGUGUGCGUGCACUGGUUCGUCGAGGACGUCGACGAGUCGGCCAAGGUCAUUGAGGCGGCGGGCGGCAAGAUGCUGACUGAGAAGGAGAAGGAGGGCGAGUUUGGCGCGUUUCGCUAUUUUGAGGAUACGGAGGGCACGGUUGGGUCGGUGUAUAUGCUCGUCAAGUGA